AUGGAUCGCAUUGAGCCGGCGGACGGCUCCGAUGAUCCCCGAGGCACGACUCCUUUCCCUCCUGCUCCGGAGAAUGACAAUUGCCCUGAGAUUACCUCCACCCGCUCAACAUCAUACCAACAACGCCAGCAACCUCUUCUCCGCUCUCGUCGCCCGAGCAUCCGAAUCCAACGCCUCUCCUCUAUUCCCUCCCUUAACAACAUCCGAGAAAGUCCCGCGGAGACUCCGCGCAGUAAUGGCGAGAAUAUUGGUCGGCGGCAAAAUGAUACCAGCACGAGCCCAAGUGAAGAUGACGAGGCCUGGGCAGGGAACCGCCGUCGCAGCAGCUCCGAACCACGCCCAGGACGAUGGUCAUCGCCUGCUUACCCUAUACCCAUGUCGCGGAUCGCGACACGCACUCGUUCGCGCUCGGGAAUGCAUCCGUUGGCUGAGGAGUCGUCAAAUCUAAGUCCGAUCGCUUCUGAACCUCGCCGUCCAACUUUGGACCAACCUCGCCCUGAACUCAGCAAGCAAGGCAGUCGCAAUCUGUUGCGACGCACCAGUGAAGCAGCUAUCAAUCGGAUAUCCAGAAAUCGCGCCUCAACAAUAACCGGAGCCUCUCCGCCUCAAGCAACUCGCCCGGGGAUCACUGAUCGGUCUCAUACUGAGUACGAUCCUCAUAUCGUUGACGUUUUGGAUGUUAUUGACCCCGAAGUAUCGGCUUUAUCAACUCUCACAAACGUUCAAAACUCCCUCUUUGUUCCCAACCUGGGUGGCUUUUUAAAUCGCAACCCGACUUAUACUCUAACCCCGCCACGUGAGGCUGCCACCGAAGAGGAAACCACAACGGACGAGAACGAAGAACCGGCCGAGGAACCGAAACCACAUACAGGACUUGAACGUCUACACCACUUUACUAGUCUCUCGUCCGUGCUACAUGAUCCUCGCUUUGCUGUCUUACCCGACGGGAGUAACCUGGAUGGCUGGACCAUAGCGGAUGUAGAGGAACUUAACGAUCAUGUCAGACACAUGUUACACUCUCGCCGAUCCAAGUUCAAACGUGCCAUGCGAGGGUUUGGGCAGUAUGUUUCAAAGCCGCUUGGGUUCCUCAUUACUUUGUACGCUACUCUCAUCACGCUUUUUGGACUUGCUUGGGUUCUUUUCCUCAUUGGUUGGAUAAAUGUCGGAGGAAAACAACUCUACGUUAUCAACGUUAUCGACAACGUCCUUGUGGCUCUAUUUGCCAUCAUGGGUGACGGGCUGGCCCCCUUCCGUGCCAUUGAUACAUACCAUAUGAUCUUCAUAGCCCACUACACUUUCUUGACGUGGAAGAUCCGCAGGAAGCGAGACUUGCCCAAACUCAAGAACAAAAAUGACCUCCCCUCUCGACGGGAAAUGGACGUGGAUGUUGAAUUUGGCGACACCCCAAAGGAUGAGGAGCAUGAAUUCUCUGUGCUAAACCGUCUCCAGCAGCUUCGUCUGAUGCACCAUCAAAACAAGCUCUCCAGAUCUCAUACAUUUUACAAACCACAUGAGACCGUAACCCACCAUGCUUUCCCCCUUCGAAUGCUCGUCGCCAUCGUUGUCAUACUCGACUGCCACUCCCUUUUGCAGAUCGCCCUUGGAGCCUGCACCUGGAGUAUUGAUUAUCACGUGCGUCCCUUCGCUCUAACCACCGUAAUUCUCUGCUGCUCUAUUUGCUGCAACAUUACCGGCGGUGUCCUGAUCAUGAUUGGAGACCGGAGAUCCCGCAAGAAGGACGUAGUUGAGCGAAUGUUCCGCCAGCAACUCACCGAGGAAGCGAUCAAGAAGAUGGAAAAGCGAAAAAGAAAGGAGGAAAGGCGCAAUAACUCAUUGGACCAAACUCUAUCGCCAACACCCCUUGUGGAACGUUUAAAACCGGUUCAUGGUGCUUGA